AACUGUCAUCGUACAGUAAGAUGACGUUUCCCUGAGGGUCACAUGAUUAGUCUCUUACAGUAAAAACCCAAUAUGGCAGAGAUGGCAGGUCUUGCACGGUAACUAAAGCAACAUCAACACUUUGUACAGCACCCAGGUCGAUUUUUCGCGACCGACUGCAGACAUGAGGGAACGACAGAAGAAGAAAAAGGGGAGGACGUGGGCAGAGGCCGCCAAAACGGUGCUUGAGAAGUACCCCAACACACCGAUGAGUCAUAAAGAGAUCCUGCAAGUGAUUCAGAGAGAAAGGCUUAAGGAAAUAAGUGGGACGUCGCCUCUUGCCUGUCUCAAUGCCAUGCUCCAUACAAACUCACGCGGAGAGGAGGGGAUCUUCUACAAGGUCCCCGGUAGAAUGGGAGUCUAUACACUGAAGAAGGACAUUGGAGAUGCGGUGAAGGAACUAUCAGAAGAUGCUUCAGAGGACAGCAGUGAUAACAUGUCUGAUACAAGAUGCACAGAAAAUACCAGCACCACUACCUACAGCAAAGAUGGACGCAGAGGAAGAUGGAAAAGGAGAGUGCCAGCAAAACUGCAAUCUCAGCCGUCCUCACCACAGUCUCGCUGUUCAUCUCCGUCAGUCUCCAGCAGCAAACUCAUGUCCCCGUCGCAGAAACACAGCAAGAAGGCCCUCAAACAGGCACUGAAACAGCAGCAGCAGAGGAAUCAACGGCGGCAGUGUGGAAUCCCCAGCGCCUCCAGCCCACGACUGCUUAUCAAGACUGUCAAAGACAUGGCUCACGACUCCUCCAAAUCCUCCUGGGAGCUGAAACAGACAGAGCGCUGCCCUGCCAGUCCACAGAACUCUACCUCCAGCUCGUCCUCCUCUGUCAAAGCAGAUGUGUGCCACACGACUGGCGCCCGUAAGGUAUCCCAGCGCUCCAGCCGGCUCAGUGCAAGACAACUGAGGCGUACCAAGUGUGAGAUAGAUGUUGAGACGCCAGAUUCCAUCCUUGUCAACACCAACCUGAGAGCGCUCAUUAACAAACACACAUUCUCAAUGCUGCCUACGGAGUGUCAACAGAAGCUUCUUAAGAUGCUGCCAGAGGUUGACCAGCAGGCUAGUAUGGAUGGUGCACUGAAGGUGACCAGCUCUGCCUUGAACAAUGAAUUCUUCACAUCAGCAGCACAAUCUUGGAAGGAGAGGUUGUCAGAGGGGGAGUUUACACCAGAGCUGAGACUGAGAAUGCGGCAAGAAAUUGAGAAGGAAAAAAAGGUGGAGCUUUGGAAAGAGCAUUUCUUUGAGAGCUACUAUGGUGAACAAUCUGGACUGAGUAUAGAGGAAUCCAGAGAGCUGACAGAGGAUAGGAGUGUUCCUGAACCAGCUAAAAGCACAGUCCUCUCUGAAAAGCCAGAGACUGUCAAAGAGUCUCAGAAGGUAAACCCAGUGACGGAGGUGUGUCACAUGGAGUUGAGAUCCAGAGAUGUAAAAUCAACAGUAACACACGUCUCAGCUGAAGAGCCAGUCAAACCUCCUGCUCCAGAGCAAUCACAUUUAUCCUUAGACACGAAAAAGGAUGCAAAGGAAGAACUGAUUCCAGAGUCCUCUGCUCAAAAAUCAGUGGAUCACAAACCUGACAGUGAAAAAGCACUGGAGAAUGAAAUCACAUGUAAGAGCCCAGCAUCUCCUUCGGAAGCAGCAGUCACCUGUUUGAAAGGAAAAGAGACACAGACCCCUAAAGAUGAAAGUCCCGUUAGUGAGGGUGGACAAACAGUAAUGGAAAUGAAUAAGCCUGGAUCUCCAGUAACUGCUGUCACAUCUGAGCCUCUAAAAAGAAAACUCUCUAGUGAAGAGGACACAGAGCUCAGAACAGAGAAGAAGCCCCGUGUUGCUUCAUCAGAAGCGUCAUCCACAGUGACAGCUAAAGAAAAAGUAGAGCAGAGAGUACCGCCUCUCAAAAUCCCAGUGUCAAGACUUUUCUCUGCCCCUGCAUCUACUGAGCAGGUAUCUCCAAGGACUCCCGUUCCCGUUCCGUUGACACCCCCUAGCGUUCGACCCGGUCGCACCGGUGCACGCACCCUAGCUGACAUCAAGGCAAAAGCCCAGUUAGCCCGUGCACAGCACGCUGCAGCAGCAGCAGCCGGUUCGUCUUCCUCAAUUGGAACCGGCUCAGUUGGAGGUACCUCGACACCCUCUCCAGCUCGGUCCCUGUCCGAAGAUUUUUCACCAGCAAGCAGCAGAAGUCAAUCUGUGUCGCCUAUAAAGCUAAGCUCUGGAUCUCCAGCUCCUGAAGGCACAGUGACUAUCUCACAAACCUCUCCUUCCUCAGGUUCCACUGGACAUACAGACCUUGCACAAGCCUUCAGUGCAAGCCAGGGUUUUUUAAAAGAUAAUCGCUCUUCGAUGGGGUUUCAAACCACUCGGUGUACGUUGAACCCGACGGGCAAGGAUCAGCAUAACCUCCUCAGUCCUGGGGGGACGCUAGCACCUUCAAGUCAGGCAGGAAACGUGACUGUCUCCAACGCAAUUGCACAAAACCAGAGACCACAGCAGACACCUUUUUCAGCAACCAAGCCUAGCUCUUCAAUCCCAGCAAAUAAUCCUCUGGUCACCCAGCUUCUUCAAGGUAAAGAGGUUCCCUUAGAAAAGAUCCUCUCAAAGCCACUAGCCCAGGUGGAGGUUCAAUCCACCGCCAUUUCUACAAGAGAUAAAGGGAAUCUUGGUACCAGCACUGCUGGGUUAAAAAAAGAAGAAGAUGCCAACAAACUUGGGAACCAGGUUCCUUUCGGCAUACAAGUCAGAAGUGUGGACAAGUUGGUCAAAGUUGGCACUCAGGACCAGAUGCUCCAUCCACUAAGGCACAAAUGUGAGCAGAAGAACACCAGCUCCACUUGUCAACCUUCCCAAUUUCAGUCCUGUCAGUUAGGUCACCUUGAGAGUAGCCUUGAGCAGAGUGUCCAUCUAGGCAUCUUUGGACGGAAAAGGGUAUCCAAGCCAGCCAUGACAGGACACUACCUCCUCAACGUCUCCACGUAUGGUAGAACAUCCGAGAGCAGCAAACGCCCCCACCUAACCAGUAAUACAAGCACUGCCCUUGCCAACCUGAAGAAAGAGAAAAUCGAAGCGGAGGAGAGUGUGAAAGGGAAGAUGGAAUCACUUGCAGGGUCUCAAGGACAUCCGGAUUUCCCAAGGGUCAAAGUAGAACAGCAGGGAUGUGUCAUAAAUAAACCAGAUGAUGGUUUGACACCCCAACCCUGCUCUGCUAUAAAGUCUGAAUCUCAAUUGCUGAGUUGUCUGUCCAGCAAAGACGAAGGCAGCACUUCUAUUAGAACCAAAGAAACAUGCUCAAGAGCGCAGCUUGAUAUGUGCAACAGUAUACAGGGUAAAACAGAGCCAUAUCAAUUAGGUGACUGUCACCAGCGCACGUUCUUGUCUCAGAAAGCCCAUAAUGGACCUCAGUAUGGUGGCACUAUCAGCAUGUCUGUCCCUCAUGCACUGGCUGACACUCCGACGUCUCCCACUGUGUCCUGCAGCGGUGAUGGUGAAACUGCUGGAGGUGUGAUGUCUUUUUCCGUCACCGUCACUGCCAUACCUGCCGGUCACCUGCUGGAUCAAAACAGUCAGGGUGAAAACUCACCUGAGCAAGCCUUCAUGGAAACCUCUGGGAUGGAGGACGUCCAAUCAAAGUGCUACUGUCGGCUGAAGGCCAUGAUUAUGUGCAAGGGUUGUGGCGCAUUCUGUCACGAUGAUUGCAUUGGUCCAUCCAAACUGUGUGUCUCGUGUUUGGUGGUACGAUAAUGGUCAUGAGGAUAAACUGAGACUUGUUCAUUCAUUCAUUCAAAAGGAAGCAAUCGCUGCAGAGAGUACAACAGUGACACGGUCGCUGUGGUGACUGUUCAUGUAUCCGUUGUCAUUUGAGCGGCACGCUGUUGCUAUAUGGGGGAAUUCACUAAGAAUGAAUUGUGCCCGCUAAUAGUGCUGUUUAUUUGCACGUACCUUCUGCUUUGUUUUAGCGGCCUAUUCAGGAGUUAUGCAAAUCAGGUUACAUGGCCUGCAAGUCUAUGUUAUUCUUGCAGUUCUUAGUACUUAGUUGUGGCGAAUACAGCAGACUACCGUUAUCUGGCAUACUUUACUGGGACUGUUCAGUAUGGCUGUGCUAAUGCAAUCCAGACUUUGGCUCUUUAAAGUGCCGAAAUUGCGCUCGACUACACUGUAUGUCUGGAUAUGUGCCGUGCUUUUCUUUAUCAUUUGCAGUUUCUGCGCUUUAAGCGCCUGGUUAAACUGGAUUGCGGGUGCUUAGUGAAGACGCCGAAGGGUUUUGCGCUAAAUUGCAGCGUGCAACUGUUUAGUGAAUUCGCCCCUUUGUUUUUCUUACAGCACAAACAAAUAACAUGCUAGAAGAUGAGGUAUGAAAAACGUGCAAUGCCGAGUAAUACUUCCUCUCGUUUAUUGAGCACCUUGUUUUAGACUCAAGACUCAAUAUUGAAUAGUGGCAAUAUUUAAGGCUUGUUCUAUUUCUGUUCUAUUUUUUUAAUAUAAUUUUAGAAAUGGAAAUGAAUAUACUACUAUUUUUGUAGAUGUUAAAAAUCAUGAUUCCCCCACCCUUCAAAUUUUGGAUCUUUUACACGUAACUCACAUUAGUUUAUGGAAGCUCGUUUCCACCACUGAAUAAAAAUAAAAAAGGUAGUUGCGAGUUUUUAUCUGAUAAUUCUGACUUUUAUUUCUCGCAAUUGCAAGUUUACAUAUUACAAUUAUGACUUUUUUUUUUUAGAA